AUGGGAGGAAAGAAAGCAGCAGGCGAGAACUCCAAGAAGGCAGCUGGAAAUGCCAAGAAAGCCGAGGCAGCUGCAAACAAAAAGGCAAUAGAAGAUUCUAAGCGGGCCGCGGAGGAAGACAAGCAGUGGGCCAAGGGAUCGAAGAGCAACGCGAAGAAAGAAGACGCUGAAGCCAAAAAGGCCGAGGCAGCCCGCAAGAAGGCCGAACGUGACGCCCUGCUCGCCGCCGAAGAAGCCUCGCAACCCUCCAAGCCCAAAGGUGGCGGCGCCAAAUCCGCACCCAAGAAGUCCCGCGGUCUCGAUCUCUCUCAGCUGGAUGGCGACUCCAAGUCCUCGGCCCUCCAUGCCUCUGGUAUCGAUAACGCUCUCGAUGCCUUGUCCCUUACCAACAAGGACAACUCCAAGAUUGACCGCCACCCGGAGCGAAGAUACAAGGCUGCGUAUGCGGCGUUUGAGGCGCGACGCAUGCCAGAGAUUGAAGAGGAGAACCCUGGUCUGAGAAGACAGCAGCGCAUUGAACUCUGCAAGAAGGAGUUUGACAAGAGUGAUGAGAAUCCGUUCAACCAAGCGCACGUGGCAUAUGACGCUUCUCGGGAGGAGAUUGCUCAAGUGAAGGAUUCGGAGAGGAAGAAGGUUGAGAGCCGCUUGGCUAGGUAAAUUGGCUGCUCUAUUUUAUUCUCUUUCAAGAGCGUUGCUGUGUUGCCAGAGAAAGAUGCUCUGGUGAAGACUAGCCUAUUCAGGGACCACGCCAGAGGAACUAUCUGCCUGGCAACAUGGUUUCGGGGUUAGUCCGCCGGAUCAUGAUUAACGGUUACGCUAUAGCGACAAUUCCUCAAUGGGGAAGUGCAUGGAUAUAGAUACAGGAGCUUCGUAUACUCCUAGUUGUUGAUAUAAGUGCUUUCAGUUGGCCUGGAUGUAUGAUGAGUUAUGUUUUAGACUAAUACACAUUUUAAGAUGUGAUC